GGGGGUGUAGGCCUGGAGCUCAGCCUGGGACUGAAAUGCCCCAGGCGCUCUGGGGCGCACAAAGCGCAGGCGCAGCGGGUUGGGCGGCAGCGGCAUCAAGUAGCGGCGUUUGGCAACAGCAUCUGCAACAGGUGUAGACAGGUUCCACCUGACUCCACCCUGGAAAGUCCUUUUGAAGAAAUGGCCCUGGUGAGGGGCGGCUGGCUGUGGAGACAGAGCUCCAUCCUCCGCCGCUGGAAGCGUAAUUGGUUCGCCCUAUGGCUGGAUGGGACCCUGGGCUAUUACCGUGAUGAGACAGCGCAGGAUGAGGAGGACCGUGUGCUCAUCCACUUCAACGUCCGUGACAUAAAGAUCGGCAAAGAGUGCCAUGAUGUGCAGCCCCCAGAGGGCCGGAGCCGAGAUGGCCUGCUGACCGUGAACCUACGGGAGGGCUCCCGCCUGCACCUGUGUGCAGAGACCCAGGAUGAUGCCAUAGCAUGGAAGACGGCGCUGCUGGAGGCAAACUCCACUCCGGCCCCAGCUGGAGCCGCCGUCCCUCCCAGGAGCCGCCGGGUUUGCCCCAAGGUCAGGUGUGUGACCCACUCAUGGAGCCCCUGUCAGGUUGAGAGGCGCAUCUGGGUGCGCGUCUACAGCCCCUACCAGGACUACUAUGAAGUGGUGCCCCCGAACGCGCACGAGGCCACAUAUGUCCGCAGUUACUAUGGACCUCCCUACGCGGGCCCCGGCGUGACGCACGUGGUAGUGCGAGAGGAUCCCUGCUACAAUUCAGGCGCUCCGCUGGCCAUGGGCAUGCUCGCCGGGGCCGCCACGGGUGCAGCGCUCGGCUCGCUCAUGUGGUCGCCUUGCUGGUUCUGAGCCCUGGGACUCGGAUUAUGGAUCCUGCGCACAGAUCCAACAGACCCCCUUUUCCUUCUGGGCCCCAUCCUCCGCCAUCCAAGCCCUGCCUCACUUUGGCCACUUCCUCUCCAUUGGCCUGUUCUGGGCUUAGAUCAUCCCUCCCAUUCCCUACCUUUACCCCCCACAUCGGAAGAAGCUAUCAUUCAGACACAAGCAUAGCUCAGAAUCCUUAUAUUUACUGCCAGACACCCCAGGAAUCCAUAAUAAAAACAUAUGGAUGUUAACCCCCAAACAUACCAGGACAAAGAAAACAACUCAGUGGCUUCCGGUUACCUUGGUGCUGGAGAUACACGAGUUAGCUUCUUUCCUCCGCUAUUCUAGGAUUGGUGGAGAAAAUAAGAGUAAACAAACACUUGACAAGGUGGAGUUAUCAGUCCUUUGACAUAUGAGGGCAGAGAAGAAGGUAGGCUAGGAGUAAGAUUGCUGGCAGGAGUGUAGAGCUGUGAACAUCGUGGCAUAUCCAAGGAAUUUAAAGGAGUUAGGUUGCGCUGGGGUGGGAACAAGGAUCAGAACAUGACAGCCCUCCAGGCUAAGGAGCUUGCUGGGUAAGGGGGAGAUGUAAACUUUUUUGGAGGGAAGUUUCAUGGUUACACCUAUAAUGAAUAUAUUGCUUGUUUUGUUAAUACUGCCAGUACCCAAACCCAAAACACUCCCCGAGUUUAGCCCCAUCCUUCCCACUACCAGCUUCCUGGGUCCCGUUCCUUCAGUGCUCAGAAUACCUGUUUGCUAUGUAAGGGUGCCUGGGGCAGGAUUUGAGCUGAAGCUGGGGGGGCAGGUAAGCUGUUUGGAACCUCUAGCCCCAGGAAAUGCAUUUCUGGUCCCCAGAACCUUGGUCCUCUGUCCAUAGUUGCUGUCACCAUCUCAUGCUGUCUCUUCAUAUCUGGGGGAGAUGGCAGUGUUCACCUUGGGGGCCUGAUCCACCUCUGUCCCAAUCCAGGAAGCCCCACAUGGGCCUCCCUGCAGGUUUCCCCAUGGGGUCCCCCUCCAGUCUCUCUCUUAUCCUGUCCCAAUCACCAGUAGAAAUGCUAACAUCCCUGCCCAACAGCCAGAGUAGCCUGCUAAAGUUCCCUUGUAAUAGGGGUCCAGUGGCCCUGCUGUGGAGACUAAUAAAGGUGUGUAGUUGGCUCUA